AUGGCCACCUGUGGCGGUGAUGCUGACACCCUACGGGCAACACUGCUAAAUGGCGUCAAUCAUUUUUCCGGUGACCAUCGGUGUUGUGCUUCGGAAUCACAAUGCAAGGAGGUUGGGCACGUUCCGAGUACGCUGCUCGUUAAAGAUCCCGUAGCUCUCGAUCUCUUGACAAAUUUUAUCAAGUCGACGACAGUGUACAAGCACGCACACGAUUUUGUGAGGUCGAAGGACACUUUCUACGUCGAAUCCUUCAAUAACACGGAACUCAUGUACCUGGACAAACGCAUCCACUACCAGAACGAGACAUAUAACCUAAGACAGAGCCUCGCUAUGCUCGAUUGGAACGAGCACGUUGGACGAACGAGCACGUCGGCAUACCGCAUGGAGGAUUGCCGGCACCCGGACAGGCAGGGUGGGAAGAAAAACUACCGCAAAAAAAGUUACAGAUUCGUGAAAAGCAUUUGUGACCUAAUCUGCCAAGCCGCGUCCAAGGACAACACGGCCUCCUCGGCAAGUGGUUCUCUCAUGGAAGACGACGAUGAAUAAAAGGCAGCACGAAUGGAUCACUGCAUGCACUCCUGGCGCCAACGAGUGCCCAAUCAACGGUCCUGCGACGUCCAGUGCUCAACCACGCAUCACAACCCGACCUGUUUGAAAAAUAAAUGCUUUCCCGUA